GUGUAACUGCUUUGGUUUUUCGUAUAGCAGUUCCCUCUAGUGGAAGAUCAUGAAUUCAUUUAGUCAAUAAGUGAAGGUGUGUGUGUGGUGGGUUUGUGAAUAAUUUUCUGUGAAAAAUGGCAGACAACGAACAGAAAGCGAUGCAGCUGAUGGCUGAAGCUGAGAAGAAGCUUAAUUCUUCGAAAGGAUUUUUCGGGUCGUUGUUCGGAGGCUCAUCUAAAUUAGAAGAAGCAGUUGAGUGUUAUCAAAGAGCUGCUAAUAUGUUCAAAAUGGCAAAGAAGUGGGGGCAAGCGGGAAAUGCGUUUUGUGAAGCUGCGAAUCUUCAUGCAAAGUCGGGCAGUCGGCAUGAUGCAGCCACUAACUUCGUUGAUGCUGCCAAUUGCUACAAGAAGUCGGAGCCAGAACGUGCUGUUGCAAGUCUAUUGAGGGCCAUUGAAAUUUACACUGAUAUGGGACGAUUUACAAUGGCUGCAAAACACCAUCAGUCGAUUGCAGAAUUAUAUGAAACAGAAAACGUUGACCUGGAACGUGCUGUACAACACUAUGAACAAGCAGCAGACUAUUUCAAAGGAGAAGAAAGUAACUCUUCAGCCAACAAAUGCCUCUUGAAAGUUGCUCAUUAUGCAGCCCAGUUAGAAGAUUAUGAAAAAGCAAUUAAAAUAUAUGAACAGGUUGCAGCCACAUCACUCGAUAGUUCACUGCUGAAAUACAGUGCAAAAGAAUACUUUUUCCGUGCUGCACUUUGUCAUCUCUGCGUUGAUGUGCUCAAUGCACAGCAUGCUUUGGAACGUUACCAGUCCAUGUAUCCAGGCUUCCAGGAUUCUAGGGAAUAUAAACUUAUCAAGGUUUUAAUUGAUCACAUGGAGGAGCAGAAUGUUGAUGGUUUCACAGAAGCAGUGAGAGAUUAUGAUUCAAUUUCACGACUUGAUCAGUGGUACACCACUAUUCUGCUACGCAUAAAGAAACAGGUUAAUGACAACCCAGAUCUUCGCUGAGUCAGAGCUUUCUAUUUGUGUGCAUCCUUUGUACUUGAACUGUCUUUUGGCACUUCCCACAGUAAUUUUUUAGGGUGCAAACAACUUAAAUAUAGAAGAGACUAUUAAAAAGCCAGAAAGAGCUGCUGUUUUAUGGAGUUGGUAUUAACUGAACUUUAUUUACAAGUACAGUUAAGCAUGUCUUAUUUCUCCUCAUUUUUAAUGAAAUUUCAGAAUACCAAAGACACUAUAGACAAAGGAAAUCUUUUGUUCUAAAAUAAUGGAUGGCCACUUUUUACACCAUGCAAUAAACAGACAAUAUUUUUCCGAAACACAUUUAUCUUGAUACAUGAAUUCAUGUAUGAUAAUUUGUAGAGGUGUCACAAGCUUUCCAGAAGCAGCUUAAUAAAACCACACACACACACACACACACACACACACACACCACACACACACACACACACACACACACACUCUCUCUCUCUCUCUCUCUCUCUCUCUCUCUCUCUCUCUCUCUCUCUACCUGCUUGAGUUUGUUAGUUUCUCGUAGCUAGUACCAUUCCUUGAUUUUUAUUCCAGUAAGGGCAGAGGCUUCUGUCAAAAGUUUACUGUAGUUAAACAGUGCAUGUGUAGUAUCUUAAUUUCAUUUGAACUAUGGUUGAUCCUUCUCCAUACCCGUAAAGCAGUAGUUUUUGUUUCUAAUAUUAAUUAUUGAUACAUUUCUGGAAAGCUUGUAGUGAAACUACACUUUGUGUACUACUAUGAUGUUGGCUUUGAGAAAGUUGUUGAAUGUUGCAGGUGAAAAAUAAUAUAAAAUAUUGUCUAGUAGUGAAGUUGGUUUUUGCACUUUUAUUGUUAAUGAAUUCAUAGAAAAAUGGCCUUGUACUAUUACUGCCACAAAGAACCAGUGAUCAACAAAUUAACACUUCACAAUCAAUAAUUUAAGUAUAAGAAAAGAAGUGUAUUCAGUACAUGUUCUGACUGAGCACUGUGCUGAAUUAAACAAGCAUUGUCUAUUAAUGUUUUUAGUCUUUAUAAAUGUUGUAAAUUGAGCCUGCAGUGGUUAGAUUCCCAGAAUAUUAGAUCUUUUUGCAUAAUAUAUACAAGGUGGCAAAUGCUGAAGUAGACAUUGAUUGGAAAGCGUAUUGUGUGUGUUAAUUUCGUUUUGUAGUGGAGUUGUAAUACUGACAGGUAUUAUCAUUUUGUUGAUAGUCAUCACUGAUUGUUUUCUACAUGCAUUGUGACAAAUGUGUGCUCACAUACAUUUUUCAAGUUCAUUGAAAAAUCUGAUCAUGUAUUUUUUUUUUCCUGUUUCUAAAUUAUCAUGUUGUUAUUCUGUAAUAUUUUGAUAAAAUGUAUUUAUGUGGAUGUUUUAUGUGAGAUGGAGGCACAGUUACUUAUUAUUUUUUGUUUUUUUAGAUAAUUUUUAGUAAUGUGUGCAGACUGGAGUUUUGGGUUAGUGCAUCGGACAAUGUCACUUGCAGUCACCUACUUUUGGAAGCAAUAAUUAUGUAAAGUGCCCAUUCAUCACUAGUUACUGGUGUGGGGUGCCACAUCUCUUCCUUACACUAAUAGUGGUGGUGUACUUGUGUUUUCAUAACACAAAUUUUGUUUGUGGCAUUCAAAGGUUUGAACCCAUGGCUCUCCACAGUUCACUAGUCACAUAAUUAUAUUUUGGAGUUGGAUUUUAGAGUUUGGUAUAGGAAGCUGCAGAGGUGUAUAAUUUAUAAAAUAUAAAGGAUAACUGGAUCCAAACCAGUGAGUGCAUAGAUGGGGGACAUGAUCACAGAUCACAGAAGAGGAAGGGAAAAAUUUGGGAGGGGGGAACCCAGAUGCACAGUUCAGGAAAAUCAGAUAAUUAUAUAGAAUAGAUAGUGAACACACAACAGAGUAUGUGAUAUGGUAUUUGAGGAAAGAUUUCUGAAGUAAAACGAGUGGCAGAAAUUAAUCAUUCUUUCUAUUGCAACCCAGUGUCUUACUCCUUGUUACAUCAUAUUUAUAGUUUUAGAUUUGUGUUUCUCUCUCUCUCUCUCUCUCUCUCUCUCUCUCUCUCUCUCUCUCUCUCUCUCUCUCUCUCUCCAUUUGUGAAGAGCUUCUUGUUCUCUGCAUGUAUUCUAUUAAUUGUUCAUUAUAUUUACUCUUCUUGUGAGUUGUUCCCCAAAAAUUGGAAAUUUGUGGUAAGUUCUAUGGUACCCAACUACUGAGGUCAUCGGUCCCUAGGCUUACACACUAGUUGAGCUAACUUUAACUUACACUGAGGACAAAAAAAAAAACCACACACACACACACACACACACACACACACACACACACACACACACACACACACACACACACACAAGGGAGGACUCGACCCUCCGAUGGGGGCAACCACGCGAACUAUGGCGAGGCACCUUAGACUGCACGGCUACCCUGCUCAGCUCGUUGUUCCUCAGCUGUAUACAAUACAGGCAGAAUAUUUCUUUGUUCCUAUGUAGUCUGCAACAGUAAUCCCGCUGUUUCUUUCUGAAAAUUAAGUUUAUAUUUUGUAUGUAGACAGAAGGUGUUAUGUGAUUCUUUAAAUAGCAGUUCCAUUAUAAGAAUCCAUGACUGUGAACACACAUUGUGGAAUGAGAAGGAUGUGAUUAUUAUGCACUAAAUUAGCACUGUCUGGUCAGCUGUAUACUCCUGUAUCAGUGUAAAUAGAUUUAAUAAUAAUAAUAUUGUUGCCAUUUAUGUUGAUUGUGCCUAUUAUUCAGGAAAAGUUGGCUGACAGUGUUUAUUACUGUAAUGAGAUUUUCUUUUUUGUGCACAUAUUUGAUGCAAAGCUCUUUCAUAUUAACCACCAUUGUGGAAAUUAAUGGUUCUAUAUAAAAAAAAUAAUUAUGCUUGGAAAAAAACUUAUUUGAAAAUAGAAGAUUCUUAAUCCUCAUACGAUAAUUUAGUAUUAUUGAAGUCUCAUCAAGUAUCUUACAAACUGAAUGUUAUUUUAAGAUUAUAUUUUUAGGUAUUGGUUCUUUUAAUUCAUUGUGGGGAAGUUUUUUUAUCACAUAAGUUGCACCACAUAAAGAUUUGACUAGGUGUGGAGAAUUGUCAGAAUGAGUAAUUUGUGGCAGAAGGGAAAUGAUCACCAUGAUUAUUACCUUGAAUAUCUAGACCAUAUACCUUAUAAACUUCUAGCAUUACAGAGGUAGUUAACUAUUAUUUUGACUUUAAAAUGUUGAGAAUUGCAGUGCACAUGAAUUUAGCACAGAUGUUUUUCCAAAUAAAUGUGACCAUUGAGUUUCGAAAAAACAGUUACAGCGUUUUUUCCCUGUAACUCCUCGUCUUGGAGGGGUACUAAAUAACUUCCCCUAACCUCCCCCCAUGCACACGCGAUUUGGGUCACUGACUUAUGAGAAGUGUGAAUGCACAAGUCAUGAUCCCUUUUUCAUCUCCCUUUCAGAACCUGUAAUGGAAUUUGAAAUAUAUACUGAGCUGUUGGAAUGAUAAUACUUCAUGUCGUGAGAACAGCUUCCAAAGUAAGGUUACUUUUACAAUGAUUCAUUUUAUGUUUUUACUAUCUGGUACAUGGCCACAUAAAUGAUUGUGUGAAGUAGGAUGAUUAGUAUUUCUCAUUGCUGUUUUGAGAUUUCUCCACAUCACUUUUCCUGUUAAGAUGUAGUCUUGAUGGGUAACCACUAGAGAAAUUUCUAGUGUGUCACACGAUAUGAGAUUAAUUGUGACCUUCCUUGCACUUCAGUCACUACUCAAGCAUACUCAGUUUUCAUUCUUGGAAGGCACAAGAGUCAAUAAUGGUGAAAUUUACAAAUGUAAUUUCUCUCUUUCUGAUUUCUUCCUGUGCAGUUAGCAAUAUUUUAAAAUGAUUGCUCUCUUCCUACAACUAUGACUAGAAGGGUUUCUUGUAUUUAGACCAAGCAGAUUUUAAUAUAUUGUUGCUUUAUUUCUUUCAUAUUUGCAUGCCAGUAUGAUUUGUAUUUUAAAGAAGCAAUGGAAAUUGAGAAUAAUUUUAAUUUAUGGCACACAAGAAACAUUUGGAAAUUCUGCCACUUCGUGUGUACCCAAUCUGUAAUGAUGAAGAAAGGUACUUCCACUAUGGCACUGAUAAAAACUUCAAAGAGUGUAAACUAUUUGAUAUUGCAAAUAUGUUGGUCUUGGCAGUGUUUGCAGUUACUUUCUGCUCAGAAAUAGUUAAACUGUAUUAGUUUUUUUUUUUUUUCUUGUAAUAUUUAUUUGGUGUCGGGAUAGGAGAUGUUGGGUGUUGUCUUUGCAUAUUGUGUAUGGGGGAAGUGUUUAUCAACAUUUAUAUUGGACUGUAUUCUUCAGCAAUGCAUUAUUUACUGUAGUGUGUUCUAGCUCUAAAACACUUUACUUCACCAUUCAACACAAGACUCUAAAAGAUGGAUGUUUAUAUAACAUCCUAUGUGUGUUUUCCACCUGUACGUAAGUUUUCAUAAUGGGGUAUCUUAUAUUUCUGUUUUAUAUGAAGCCUAAUUGGAGAAACCAGUCAUGUAGCUCGUGUUUUAUUUGAUUGGAAAAACAAACUUUUUCUGGGUUGGUGGUAUUAAGCUGCUAUCGUGUUAAAUACAUAAUCUUCAUUGUUUCUAGUAGUUGGGCAUACUGACGUUGGGUAAUAAUCCAGGUGGCAGACAUUUUAUAAGUGUAUAUUGCUACCUUUAAGAGCUCUUAAAAGUAUGGGUAAAGUAGCAUUCAUGAUGGUUAGCUAAUCAGUCAUGAGCAUGAGCAUUGCAUUCAGGUGCAUAGAGAUAACUGUCAAAUUUUACAUAUUUCUGAGUCCCUUGCAGAGAAUCCAUUAAAUAAUCUUUCCCUAACCACAUCCAAUUUUUGUCCUGUCCUCCAUUUGUAAUUCAAAUUAUUAAGCUGGUCUUGCAUUUUCAUUGUUCUUACAAUGCUUAAUGCCCAAAAUUGAUUUAUAUUUUUUCAUUUUUCAGUACUGUAUAUCUUAAGCCAUAUUUUUAAUGUUGAGUGAAUAACUUUAACAUUCCUUAUGUAUCCUGAAAUACUUCCUUAGAACUUAAGCAGUUUUGUUUCCCGUUUCUAUGCAGAGCAGUGCAUAGUUGGUAGAUACUUUGGGGAAACUGUAUCAAUGUUUGGUUUUUGUCUCCCCUUUUUUAAAUGUCAGAGGACAAUAUUUCAUAGACUGCGGUAGGUGCUGUUACAGAUCUGUUAGCAAUUUCACUGCCAGAAUGUUUGUUUUGGACUCAUCAUAUACUUAAUUCAUAGAAAGCAAUUUUGUCAGUGUGCUGCAAAGUUGACACACUUAAAUGUUCACGUAUUGUAGUUUUAUGAAAUCCUUCAUGAGCCUGUGUUCACUUAAUGUAGUUAUAUGAAAUUCUCCACGAACCUUUGUGCCUUGAAUGUCCAUUAUCUUGCACAAAAGUAUUGUCACCUGCAGUAUUUUUGUUGUGCUUCUGUAAUUAAGCAAAGAAUUUUCUGAGUAAGUGUCUUCGGCGAGGAUAGAAAAAGGGAGAUCUAACCACUGAAAAAGUGUGGUAGAGUUCAAAAUACACCCAGGAUAUGCUAAAAUUAAAAAUUUUAAAACAUUGUAAGAUAGAAUUAACUGUCAUAUUCUUACUUUAAGUUGAGCAUAUAGUGACAUGGUAAAUUAUGAAAUUUGAUAGGACACAUGAGUGGGAGGACUUAAAACAUUUUUUAUUUUACUUUCACUCUUUGCUGUUGUGUACCCAGCAUGGCAGUUGGUCAUCACGAUCCUAUGGGUUUCGUAAAAAUAUAGUCUAGCAAAAGGCUGCAUUUCUGUUCCACUGUAUUUUUUCCAUAAACAUGAGAUUAUACAUGUUUUGUAAACUGUUGCUGAAAUCAUAUCUUUGUUAUUUUUGACAUUUAUAAAUCCAAUCGCAAAGCACAUUUCGGUAUAGUUAAGGCACGACUGAAAAAUUACACUUUGGUACACUGAUUUUUCGUUGUUAAUUUUUAUACUGUCUUCAUGAAUUACAUGCUUUAUGUACUGAUAACCUUUCAAUUAGCAUGUGAGAUUCAGUGCAGCUUCUGGUGUGUGAUUGCCAUGUAAUGAAAUUUUGUGACCAUUUCUCAGAUCUCUGACAAAGAUUUAAAGCAAAUAACAUAUAAUACAGUUUACAGGUUUCCUGAAAAAAAAAAACCAAGUGAUAAGAAUUUUUUCAGCCUAUAUUGAUAUGCACAUAUAAUGUAGGUUAUUUGACACUUAUUUAUAAUAAUGUAACAAUGUAUUUGUUAUUGCAAAUUGUUCAAGUGUCAUUGAAGACUGUGAGACAAUGUAGAUACUGUGAAUAUUGUGAAAUAUUAGAUGAUGUAUAAGCUUAGCAUUUUGUAUUUAUUUAUGCUUGUAGAAUUUUUGAUUUAAUGAGGAGAAAAUAUUUAUUUUACAAUGUGGUACUGUAUCAUAAUGCCUUUAAAAUUAAAUACUUUGUGAAAUCUUA